AUGGCAGCGGCGCCCCUGAAAGUGUGCAUCGUGGGCUCUGGGAACUGGGGUUCAGCUGUCGCAAAAAUAAUUGGUAAUAAUGUCAAGAAACUUCAGAAGUUUGCCUCCACGGUCAAGAUGUGGGUCUUUGAAGAAACAGUUAAUGGGAGAAAACUGACAGACAUCAUAAAUAACGACCAUGAAAAUGUGAAAUAUCUCCCCGGACACAAGCUGCCAGAAAAUGUGGUGGCUAUCGCGAACCUCGGCGAGGCCGUGCAGGACGCAGACCUGCUGGUGUUUGUCAUCCCCCACCAGUUCAUCCACCGGAUCUGCGACGAGAUCACGGGGAGGGUGCCGAAGGACGCUCUGGGCAUCACCCUCAUCAAGGGCAUAGACGAGGGUCCUGAGGGGCUGAAGCUCAUUUCUGACAUCAUCCGAGAGAAGAUGGGCAUUGACAUCAGCGUGCUGAUGGGAGCUAACAUUGCCAACGAGGUGGCCGCCGGCAAGUUCUGCGAGACCACCAUCGGCAGCAAGAUCAUGGAGAACGGCCUCCUCUUCAAAGAACUUCUGCAGACUCCUAAUUUUCGAAUCACAGUGGUGGAUGACGCAGACACAGUUGAACUUUGUGGUGCUCUGAAGAACAUCGUGGCCGUAGGCGCCGGGUUCUGUGACGGCCUCCUCUGCGGCGAUAACACAAAAGCUGCCGUCAUCCGCCUGGGGCUCAUGGAGAUGAUCGCCUUCGCCCGGAUCUUCUGCAAAGGCCAGGUGUCUACGGCCACGUUCCUGGAGAGCUGCGGCGUGGCCGAUCUCAUCACCACCUGCUACGGGGGCCGGAACCGCAAGGUGGCCGAGGCCUUCGCCAGGACCGGCAAGACCAUCGAAGAACUGGAGAAGGAGAUGCUGAAUGGACAGAAGCUGCAAGGACCUCAGACUUCAGCCGAGGUGUACCGCAUCCUCAAACAGAAGGGGCUGCUCGACAAGUUCCCGUUGUUCACUGCCGUGUACCAGAUCUGCUAUGAAGGCCGGCCCGUUCAAGAGAUGUUGUCUUGUCUCCAGAGCCAUCCAGAGCAUAUAUAG